GCUUUUAAAAUGGCUGCUUUAAUUAAGUUUUGUUUUGUGGUUUGUUUUCUCGUUUUGCACGUGCAGUGUGAUAGAUAUGAACCUAACUGGCCUUCGAUUGAUUCAAGGCCCUUGCCUUCUUGGUAUGACGAAGCUAAACUUGGCAUCUUCAUUCAUUGGGGCGUGUUCUCCGUGCCCAGUUUCUCGUCAGAAUGGUUUUGGUGGACUUGGCAAGGUCAGCAUUUGCCGGCUGUUGUCGAUUUCAUGAAGCAGAACUACAGACCAGAUUUUACAUAUGCAGACUUUGCCUCACAGUUUACUGCUGAAUUUUACGAUCCUUUAAGAUGGGCAGAAUUAUUCGCUGGAUCUGGAGCAAAAUAUGUGGUCUUUGUCAGCAAGCACCAUGAAGGCUUUUGUAACUGGGCCACUAAUGUGUCAUUCAACUGGAAUUCUGUGGCCUGUGGACCCAAGAGGGAUAUUGUUGGUGAACUGGCAGAUGCUAUCCGAUCCAGAACAAAGUUGCAUUUUGGCUUGUACCAUUCAUUGUUUGAAUGGUUCCACCCAUUAUACUUGCAGGACAAGGCCAGAAAUUUCUCAACACGCAACUUUGUUACAGACAAGACGAUGCCUGAACUUAAGGAAUUGAUUAACACCUAUAAGCCUGAUGUAAUCUGGUCAGAUGGUGAUUGGGAGGCACCAGACACUUACUGGCAGUCCACAGACUUCCUGGCCUGGCUUUAUAAUGACAGUCCAGUAAAAGACACAGUUGUUACUAAUGAUAGAUGGGGAAUUGGCACAGCUUGCCACCAUGGUGGAUUCUACACAUGUUCCGACCGAUAUAAUCCAGGAACUCUUCAAAAACAUAAGUUUGAGAAUGCUAUGACAAUUGAUCAUUACUCAUGGGGCUACAGGCGAAAUGCCAGACUGUCUGACUUUCUGACCAUGGAAGAACUUAUUAGCACAUUUGUUGAAACUGUCAGUUGUGGUGGCAACAUGUUGAUGAACGUUGGACCCACCAAAGAGGGAACCAUUAUUCCCAUAUUUGAAGAACGUCUGCAGAAUAUGGGUCUUUGGCUGAACGUGAAUGGUGAAGCUAUUUAUAGUACCAGGCCAUGGGCACAUCAAAAUGACACAGUCACUAAGGAUAUAUGGUACACCUCAAAGAAAGAUAAUGUCUAUGCCAUUGUUCUAUCCUGGCCCACAGAGGACACUCUUGUCCUUGGAGCUCCUACUCCAUCUGAAUCGACAACAGUCAGUCUCCUUGGUUACCAGAGUAAAUUCACCUGGAAGAAAGGUUCAACUGGAGGCAUGCAGAUCGAUAUCCCACCCAUCUCCAUCAACAACAUGCCCUGUAAGUGGGCCUGGGUGUUCAAGCUCACUGGACUGACAUACUGAUUAACACAAAACAUUUCUUCUAGAUAGAGACUGCACUGUGAUCAACUUGUUAUCAUACAAUUGAAUUUGUAAUCCAUUUUUACCUAAUCAUUUUGUACUUAUUAUAUUUACACAAAUAGCAGAGCAAGUAUGUUACAGAGUAGCUUAGUGCCAUAGGCAUAGGACCAAAACACACCAAAGCUGAGUCUGGUGAAUGUGGAACCAGUUGAAAAAGACAUGAGUUGAAUGCAACAAAAACACACCUGGCAUGAAAUACAGAUUUGGCAGCAGACGGUAUUCAACAUGCACUAUAGUUUGACAGUGCCAGACACACCCAGCUUUGGUAUGUUUUGGGCCUUGACCUCCACCCACUUAAUAACUGUCAAGUACCACCAGUGAUAGAAAUAUGCAGAAUUGUUUACUAGUCCACCGGACAAAUACAUCUAGAAAUCUACUUGUCCGCCAAUAUUUUCACUUGUCCAAAUAAAUGGUUUAUUUUAUUCAAGUAUCAGGAUUAUGAUUGUGAUUGCUAAAAAUGAAACUGCACUCAAAAUGUUUACUUGUCCACUGGACAACCAUUUUGCUUGUCCGAAUAGAUUUUCACUUGCCGGGACAAACGGACAAGUGCUUAUUUGGAACACUGACCACUGCUCCAAAGAUCAUAUCUCAGUGCAAUAUAAGCAGCAUUUACAUUACUACUUUGUGAGACUUUUAUAAUUAUGUGGUCCAUCUGAAAAUGUACAGAUUUCACUUUGUGUUUGGAUUCGUGGAUGUGCCAUUGAUGUUUAUUUAUGGAUUACUAACCAUCUGUUUGUAUGAAUAAUUUAAUAAUUAAGUAACUUGGAGAAAGAUAUAUUUUAUUGCAUUCCAGAUAUGCUCAUGACAUUAAAUGUAAAAUCUUCAGUGUUUGUAACCAAAUUGUUUAUGGUGAUAUAGUUGUAAGACACACAUUAUACACAAUACUUUGUAAUAUGAUGCAAAUAUUUGUUUUAUUGAAACAUUAAAUAAAUAUAAUUAUGCAAUAAAGAGUAGUUUUUGUUUUGUUAUAAUGGUAGAUGUGAAACAAAUUAAUUUUUGGGACUAAAAACCUCAAAAUUUGUCUCAAAAUAACAGACGAUUUUUACAGAAGGAAAUGUAGUGGAAGAUUUGGUACAUUAUCGUGAUAUUGUCAAAUAAAGUUGAUAUUGCAGACUUAAAACAGAAUGUAACAAGGAUAUAGAGAUUCAUAUUCAUAUUGCCAUUAAUAGUUUCAUACAUUACAAAAUACAAAAUGAAAUCCAGCACAACAAAAACAAUUACACUGGUUCUUUACAUUUGUGCUAAAAAACUAAAGCAUUUGUCCUGAUAAGGACAGUUUUAUUUUUGUUAUUAUUAUUUUAUUUUGUAGUAUAGUAGACAUUUCAUGUACUUUGCUAUUGGGUUACAUUUGAAUACAAUUUUAGAACUAGUUUUGUUACUUUUUUGGCAUAAUUAUAAAUAGUAUGUGCUAGUUUCAAAUCAAGUUAUAUGUGAAUCAAAUGUUAGAACUCCUUUGUUAAUUUUUUGACAAUUAUUAAGAAAAAUUAUAAAUUAGUUUAGUGGAUUAGAAUUCUAUGCACAGUUUGAUUUUGUUUCUCACACUGACUGGUUGAGUUGUACUGUAACCUAACAUCUGUGUCUUUGCUUAUAAAAUGUUCAGUCUUUACAGAUUUUAUAAGUACAAACCCAAAUGUUACUCUUGAAUAUCAUUAUCUCAUGUAAUAUAAAAACUGAAAGCUCAAAGUUGUCUAUAAUAUUGUGUAAUUAUAUUAAAUUAAAUUAAUAGUAUACGACUGUUUACAUCAAUAGACAAUCCCUGAAUUGCCUACAGAAGUUGUCAAUGCAAAAAUGGAAAUUGCCAUGGAGUUUUUAAUUUUCUGUGGCACUUUUAUUGCCAGGUAUAUGUAUCGGGUAUAUUCAAUGCCAUGUUUUUAGCUGUGGACAUUUCUUAAUUGCAGGUGUAGCCAUGUUAUUUCGGUUUUGCUUGUUAAAAUGUAUUAUACUAAUAUUGUAUGUAGUUUUGAUAGUACAUAUAUUACUUCUUAAGUUCUAAACUAUGUCAUUCGCCAAAUGAUCAAAUGCAAAUUUGGUGAAUAGAUUUCACUACUAUUUUGCCAAAAGGCUAAUUCGAAAAUAAUUUGUCAUUUAUAUAUGUACUGCUACUUUUGCUGUUUGGUUGAAUGAAACUUGAAUAUGGCUGCCAAAUGUUUAAUACAUGUAGGCUACUUGUUAGUGGUCCAGGUUAAACCCUAUAUGAGCAUACAGAUAAUGACUAACACAGCAAACCAUUACAAUUGUGUAUAUAAUUUGGUGAAUAAGUAGGGUGUAAAUAUGUGGUAAAAUGUCAUUAAAUAUUAUGCACGGUUUGCUUUAUAUUUUCAGGUGCUUUCUGUUUCAUGUUUAAUUCUGUCCACAUGGCAGCAUUUUGCAAUUUUGGAAAAUUAUUUUGUUUUGAACUUAAACUGUUUGACAUUUAGUAAAUUGUUAUACAAUACAUGUUUAUCGGUAUGGAAACAGAACACACAGGUUUUUUCAGCUUCACUAAGAGAAAUAUUUUGUAGUUUACUUAUUUAUUUAAAUGAAAAUAAUUGAGUUCAAAAUCUAUUGACACUUGAUUUUAAAAUAUUUGUUUUGUUUUGUAUUUAAAAUAUACCUUUUUGUCCCAUAUUUUGUGCAAUUUUGGCUCUGUUAUGAUGUUUGUCAGCAGAUCUUUUCUAAUACCGAUUUGUCUAGUGUCCGUCCAUCAGCGUUUCACUUGAAGUCCAUCUGCUACAGUAUAUUGAGGUCAAUUUGACUGAAGUGUUUUGAAACUUGGUACAAUGAUCCUCUGGGGCAGUCUUCACAAAUUAAUAGAGAGAUAUUUUUGAAUUUUCAUUAAAUACAUUUUACCUUCGCUAUGACGACUUUUCUAACACCGAUUUUUGUGCUGUCUGUCUGGCAUCUGUCCAUCAACUUUUCUUUUGAAGUUUAUAUUCUUAUAGAGUUUCAGUUGAAUUGUUCUGAAACUUGGUACAAUGGUCCUCUGGUGCACUCUGCACAAACUAAAAUAAUAGAGAUAUAUUUCAGCAUUUUAUUAUUAUUAUUAUUAUUAUUAUUAUUAUUAUUAUUAAUAUUAAUAUUAUUACCAAACAAAAAUGUAAAAAUCAAAUGGCUGAGCUCUAUAGGUCAGUAUGUCUUUGGGGUUUUAUUAUAUUGUAAAACAUCAGUACAUUCCAUUAGUUAAGCCUUAAUUUCCAUACAAAUGAAAUUUAGCAAGGUCAGUAUUUUGAAAACAAAUUCCUUGUAUUUGUGUCUUCAUUACCUAAAGUUGUGUUGUGAUAAAUAUUUCUAAAUGUAUCAAAAUGGUUGCCAAUUGAUUAUUUUGUCCUGUGAAAUUUAAUUCCUGGAAAUACUCAGAAAUAUCAUUUGGGUGAUUUUAGAAAAACUAGAGUACUGAGGGAAAACACCCUUUCAGCUUUUCAUUUUCAUGUUGUAAUUUUGUUAAUACAGUGAAAACACUCUAAACUGAACAACCAUGGGACCAAGUAAAACGUCUGGGUUUUAAUGAGAUUAUGUUCUGUAUUGUUAUUGAAAAAGUGACUUAAAAAACCCACCCGGUUUUAAACGAACUCUAGUUCACCAAGGGUCGAGUUUUGAGGGGUUCAUGCUGUAAUUUAAUAACCUAAUGAUAGCACUGCUCAAAUAUCUACCAGUGAGUCAUAAUUGUUUCUAAGACAGUGACCGUUUUAGUAGGCAUACAUGUUGUCACACACUGAUUUAACAACAUGAUAAAUGGAAGGGGUGCUUUGUUUUUGAUUUAUCCAGAGCAAAACUGGGUGUACUUGUGUAAAAUUAUUUUCAUGCAACAAUAUUAAUAUUUUUAUGUAUAUGUUGUGAUUUUAUAGCACUGUUAGAUAAUUUUAUUUUAAUUUUUAAUAAAAUUUGUUUGCA